GCUGGGCGCGUCCUGCAACAUGGCUGUGGCUGCGGCCCCGCUGCCGCUGCUCCGGGCGGGCAAUCUGUCCAGGUUUUCUUGGUUGGAUUUUCUUGGCAAGGCCUCCCCAUGGGCUUCACAGCCCAGCCCUCGGAUGUAUGGAAGUGUUCCUGCUGCAGGGAUUGUCGACGACAGUGAUCUCAAUGACAAGAUUUUGACUGAACCUCUCAAACACUCUGAUUUCUUUAAUAUAAAGGAACUGUUUUCCCUCAAAACUCUUUUUGAUGCCAGAGUACAUUUAGGACAUAAAAAAGGUUGUCGUCACAGGUUUAUGGAACCAUACAUCUUUGGGACCCGACUAGAGCAGGACAUCAUUGACUUGGACCAAACGGUCAAGCAUCUCCAGCUGGCUCUGAACUUUACUGCCCACGUGGCCUAUCGAAAAGGAAUUAUUUUGUUCAUGAGCCGGAACCGGCAGUUCACCCACCUAAUAGAAAAAAUGGCUGUGGACUGUGGAGAGUAUGCCCACACCAGAUAUUUUAAAGGGGGCUUGCUGACCAAUGCGCCUGUCCAAUUUGGCCCUGGGGUCCGUCUCCCAGAUCUGAUGAUCUUCUUCCAUACCAUGAACAAUGUCUUUGAGCCACAUGUGGCUGUAAGGGAUGCUGCCAAGAUGAACAUCCCUACCGUGGGCAUUGUGGACACAAACUGCAACCCAUGCCUCAUUUCAUACCCCAUCCCCGGAAAUGAUGAUUCCCCUGACUCCAUCAAGCUUUUCUGCCAUCUCUUUGGAACAACCAUCAAACGAGCUAAGGCAAAGAGGAAGCAAAUGGAAUUCCUCUACAGCCAGCAGAGCAGACAGAUGGCAGACAAGACAGGAGAUACAUACCAGCAGCCUGCAGGCCCUGCUCAGUUAGGAACAUAGACUGUGAUGAAAAAGCGGAGUUUUGUAAAGAAUCACCUGACUUCUACCAAAAUAAAAACAAGACCUGAAUACCUCCUAGUUCUUAAAACCAAAAUUCUCUCCUGUCCAUGUAUAUUAGUCUGAAAAUGAAGGAAAGUCUUUUUGCUA